UUUUAUAUUCAUCCGUAAACCGAGAUCUUCCUUUUGCUUAAUUGAUCAGUUUCUAAUGAUAUUUUCUUAAUCUUGUUUUCUCCCCCUUUUCUUCAAAUCCGAGUAUAAGAUCUUUUAAUUUCUGCCAAUGGCUUUUGAUCUCUGUAUGGUGAAAACUGUCUUGGCCUCUUAAUUUGCUGCAAAAUUUUGGGUUCUUUUUUGUUGCUAAAAAAGUUAUCAUUUCUAUAUUAAAGGUUGGAUUUUUUUUUUUCUGAUUCAAUGGAAAGGACCAGGUUCAAUGGGCUUGGAUUGCGAUCCUUAUUGGAUUUCUUAGCCUUUAUUUUCUGGGGAUUUAGAAUCUGCCACAUUGCGUAGGGCUUAAAAAGUUGGGGUUUUUUUUCGGUCUGAGGAGGGUUUAAUGGGCUGAACUCAAAGAAUAAUGGGUAGCUUAAGAGAAGACGAAGAAUGUUCAUUUUCUGAUGCUCUUGAGCAGAUUGCAACAAUGCCAGGUUCAAGUUCUAAUUACAUAGAGAUACCUCAUUCAAAAUCUGGCUUUGAUAAUUGUUCUGAAAGUAGUUUCCAAUAUGAUGUAUGGAUUCGAAGCCCACGAAGUGUCAAGGAACGCCGUAGUAAAUUCUUGGAUUGGAUGGGAGUGAGCUUAGAUCGAGUUUCACAUGAGAAUUCAGUAGAUGAACGUAGUUUGGAAGGAGAAUUUGACAGGGUUAAGGAAACCAGUGAUGCUGUUUUGAGAACAUCCGGCUUUGAAGAGCCGUUUUAUUCUAGUCGUUCUUCCAUUUCCUGUUGGUCUAAUGAUAAUUUUGAUUUGUCCAAGGAGUCAAGUUCGCAAGAUAAUUUUUUCUGCAGAGAAGGAAAUGAAGUUGAGGGAGCAGUUUGUGAUGUUGAUGAAGGGGGGCAGGAUGGGAAGGCAAGUGAAGGUUGUGAAAUGAGUGCGGAGCAGUUGGUAACAGUUAAGAAGUCUGAGAACCCUUGUGUAUCGUCGCCCUCAUUUCAACAACUUGAGGAAAGGGAAGUUGAGAAGCAGAAUAAAUCUGAGGGAAAAGCAAAGAGGGUUAAGAACCGUUGGUUGAGUAAAUUGCGUUCAAUAGCAUGCGUUAUGGAUAAACAGGUUGAAGAUGAUAGACUGAGAGCCAAUAUAGAUGAUUCAAUUUUGGGGACUAAGGUUCACAGAGUUAAAGUCCACCAAAGCCGGAAAAGAACGAAGGAACUUUCUGCACUCUAUAAGGGACAAGUUAUCCAGGCCCAUGAAGGUUCAAUUUUGGCAAUGAAGUUCAGUCCUGAUGGGCAGUACCUAGCAAGUGCUGGUGAAGAUGGUGUUGUGAGGGUGUGGCAAGUGGUGGAAGAUCAGAGGUGCAAUGACCUUGACAUUCCAGAAAUAGAUCCUUCCUGUUUAUACUUCACAGUGAAUCAUCUUUCUGAAUUGAAACCCCUUAUUGUAGAUAAGGAAAAAGCAGGCAAUUUAAGAAGCCUGAGAAAAACUUCUGAUUCAGCAUGUGUUAUCUUCCCUCCCAAAGUUUUCCGGCUAUUGGAGAAACCAUUACAUGAGUUCCAUGGGCACAGUGGUGAGAUCUUGGAUCUCUCAUGGUCAGAGAAAAAUUUUCUGCUGUCUUCCUCAGUUGAUAAAACUGUUCGUAUGUGGCGAGUUGGAUGUGACCAUUGCCUCAGAGUGUUUUCUCAUAGCAAUUUUGGUGCGGUUCUAGCUGAUUCUCUGUCUAUCUGUUUGCGUGCAUUUUUAACAUUAACCUGUGUUCAGUUUAACCCUGUGGAUGACAAUUACUUCAUUAGCGGUUCAAUAGAUGGAAAGGUGCGCAUUUGGGCAAUUUCUGGCUGCCAAGUUGUUGACUGGAUUGACGUAAGAGAUAUAGUUACUGCAGUGUGUUAUCGCCCAGACGGACAGGGAGGAAUUGUUGGCUCAAUGACAGGCAGUUGUCUCUUUUACAAUAUGUCAGACAAUCAUUUGCUACUGGAUGCUCAUAUAUGCUUAAAUGGCAAAAAGAAGUCACCAUGCAGAAGGAUAACUGGCUUGCAGUUUUUGCCACAAGAUUCAAGUAAAGUAAUGGUUACUUGCGCUGAUUCACAAGUCAGAAUUCUUCAAGGACCGAAUGUGAUCUGCAAAUACAGGGGAUUAGGUAACAAUGGAAACCAGACAUUCACAUCAUUAACGGCUGAUGGGAAGCAUAUUGUUUCAGCUUGUGAGGACUCUAAUGUAUAUAUAUGGAAUUAUGUUGAUCAGGAUGAGUCUACUCUCUCUAAGGCUAAAGAGAUAAGAUCUUGUGAGCGCUUCUCUGCUAAUGCAUCGAUCGCAAUCCCUUGGUGUGGCCUGAAAUAUGGGAACACAGAAAAUGGAAGGCAGUUUGAAGUAUUGAAUGAGAAUUUACUCGAUAACCUGCAAUUUUCCUCGCCUUAUUUCUCUCUUAGCCAUGAAUACUUUUUGGAGUCUUUUCCCAAGGGAUCUGCAACUUGGCCAGAGGAAGCACUUCCUCCAUCCAGUCCAUUGUCUGGGUCAUCUUCAAUGCAUAAAUCCCAGUACAAGUUUCUGAAAACUUCAUGCCAGAGUACAUUUAAUUCUCACGCAUGGGGUCUUGUUAUAGUGACUGGAGGGUUGGAUGGAAGAAUUAGAUCAUUCCUCAAUUAUGGUUUACCAGUAACUGUGUGAAAUACUAGUGGCCUAGUAAAGGCAUCAGAGAAUUAGAAAUGGGACAAUUUAUAUAUUUGGUUCCUACAGUGGUUGACUUUCCGCAGCAGAUACUAUGUUGAAAUCGAACAGGCUGACAAGUGAUCUUGAGAUUGACAGCAUCAACUGCCAUGGCAUGUUCAGGGCUGAGUGCUUGAUAGGCACGCACAGCUCGGAUAGAUGGUUGAGAAUCUGACGUUUUCUAUGGGCCCAUCUAAGAUUUCAAAUGUGAUCUGCAACCCAAUUUGGUCACUACAAGUGGCUGCUGUUUUAUGGUUGCAAUGAAAUCCUUCUUGGAAUGCGCGAGUGGCCAAGGUUAGCUUAUCUGAACACCCUGGUUAAUUUUAUGAUUGGGUGAUUAGUUAUUCGAGAAAUUUGUCUGCCCGCCCAGAAAAAAUGAUACAAGUCAUGUGUUAUGAGACAGCAAUGGAGAUAUUAUUAUAUGUAUAAUGGAGGUGCCUGUGGCCUGUGGGGCCUUGUAAACCAGCCUCUUCCUUUUGUUCUCUUAAAUAGGAGUAGGAAUCCAGAGCUGGUGGUUGCAGUUCAUUCGGGGAAAAAAUGGUGGGGAGCUUCACCAUUAUCGUAUGUUGGCUACUUUGAAUGAUUGAAUCGUUUGUCUGCCAUUUUGGAUCUGCCUCAUGGUAGGGCCAUUCAAACCUGGUCCUGGAGUUGGCAUUUACCAGGUCUUAAUGGCUUCCCUGCUGACUCUAGUUCUUGAAGGCAGACCAUUUUUGUUUGUUUACAGAGCACAAUCCCAGGCCUUACCUUUCAUGGUGUGUUUGUUACCAAUGGUUACGGUUGACAAUCGGCUAACACUAUUCUUACUUCGGUGCCAAUAAUCAUUUCUCAGUUUUGCGAACACAAUUCACAUAUGUACUGCUUUGAUAUUUAUACUAACACCCAAUAGAGUUGCUUCCACUUUUAUUUUUUGAAGGGUAUACUCUCUAACAGAAAUGACUUGGGUUUAGCUCACAUGUAAUUUUAAUCGAAUCUUGUAAAUAAAUUCAAUCUUAUUGGUUUGGUUCUCCACCCAAGUAAAUAAGUACAUAUGCUGUAGCAUUUGUUGGACAAAGAAGCAAGAAGAAAUUUUUUGUAGUUAGCAUAUCCAUGAUGUUAUGUUUUCCUUAUGAUUUUCAGGUUGUGACUUAUAAUGAGC